GACUCAGACGAACCUCAUAGUGUUGUACCGCCCGCGUUAUCGGAACAUCGAGCACUGCUAAAUGGCUAUGUGCACGUGUUUGCCAAUGCUGCAUGCAGAUGUGCAACACAUGCAGAUGCAGAAGAGACACUCACCUUGCUCCAUUCGACGAUCACAAGCUGCUAUCCCAGCGGAAUUUCUCCUGAGCUUCAGAGUGACUUAGCCAGCAUGGCACGAACUCUUCGCACUGUCGAGAAACGUCUGGGUGUCGAUACAGAGAAGAUUGUUACUACGUACAUUCUUUGCCCAUCUUGCUGGCAAAUGUACCAUCCUUCCGAGCUACCAACAAUGCAGUCUCAACUGUGCACAGCACCUGGAUGCUCCGCAGCGCUAUUUCGCCUGAAACGAAUGACUGCUCUUGCACAUCUCCUUAUGCGUCCUGGUAAAUGGGAGGAACUUCAACAUUGGCAGAAGGAUGGCGACCAUGAACCAGCACCACCUAUCACACGAGAGGAGUGGUACACCGAGAAGGAUGUAAAUGAGCCACUCACAGACAUAUACGACGGGUGGAUGUGGAGAUCACUCCGUACGGGCAUAGUGCGCCAGUGGGACUCGAAGAAUCUCAAAGUAAAUGACAUUGACGUACAAAAACUCAACCAACGGUUCGUGUCCUUGAAAUGUGGCCUCGUUGUGCAUAUUAACAUCGAUUGGUUCCGUUCACUCAAACGUGCUAAUUAUUCCACUGGCACAGUUUGGCUGACUAUUGACAACCUACCGCGAUUGAUACGAUUUUUGCGGGAGAACACAUUUUUACUCUUCGUAAUUCCAGGGCCAACGGAACCGAAUACAGAGCAGCUCAACGGACUACUUGAA